AGGCGUGAAAGUAACGUACAUGUGCUACAUGUGGACUACGCCGACUACGCGCAGACCCCUCCACAUUAAAGGUGUCCGAAAAAAUCGUGCUCUGCUCUUCGCUGUUGGAGGUUGGAGUUCAAAGCAAGUCAUGUGUUGACUGACCUCUCUGCAAGCAAGCAAGCAAAAUGUGGCGAUGUGGCUCUGCGUACAGCAGUCCACGUGCUAUCGAAGUGUCGGGCGUCCUGAAUGCUUGUGUGUACGUUUUUUUUUAGUUGAGCCCGUAGCAUGAACCCGAAUUAACUUGAAGUGCCCGUACUACAUCUGUGUUGAUAUCUGUGUGUGUGGUGCGGUAAUAAACACUCGCGAUGAAUAAGCUUGUCAGCUGGACGGGCCGGCGUGUCCAUACUGUUCACAGUAGCUUUCGCGCCGGCUAUGCUGUACGUCCCAGGGAUGCAUUCGUGUCCGGAGUAGAUUUGUUGGAAAUGGAUUCAGGCUCUGAGAAGCUAAGGAGAGCGCCUGUGCUUGCAGGACCUAAACAGUCGUCGAAACGUCCAAGUAGGAAAAUAAACACUAUCGAGGUGAAAGGCGAUCUGAUCUUUGGGCUCUACCCCACAUUAUUGGCACUUCAAGCUAGAAAACGAGAGUUCUACAGCCUCUACGUGAAGAAGAGCAAGCUGAAAGACGAUGAGAGCAUUUCCACGGGUGUCCUUUGUGAGAUCAUGAAGCUCGCAAAUGAGCAAGGCCUAGUUCCACAGCCCGUCUCAGGCUACGUCCUCAGCGACUUGAUGAAGGGAGAGGUGCACCAGGGUGUUAUCCUGGAGGCCUCUCAUCUUAUACCCGUUGAUCAGUCGCAAAUCUCUGCAUCAGACAUGGAAGUGAUGACAGGCAGGUGUCCAGUCUGGCUACUCUUGGACAGGAUACAGGAUCCAAUGAACUUUGGAGCAGUGCUGAGGUCUAGCUACUACUUUGGGGUCAAGAAGAUAUUCACAAUGAAAGAUGAAAGCUGCCGUCUAUCACCGAUUGUGAGCAAAGCAAGCUCGGGGGCCCUGGAACUGCUCGAUAUUUAUUGUUUAACCAGUACUUUGGAGUUUCUUGAGGCACUCAAGAGUAAGGGAUGGACCAUUGUCGGAACAAGUGCCGAACCCGACUGCGCGAACAGCUGCCCACUUCACGAAGCGUCGGUGCUGCUCUCGCAAAAACAUGUGCUUUUGAUCAUGGGCAAUGAAGGUAAAGGUGUGCAGCCUUCCCUCCGCAGUCUGUGUGAUGUGAACAUAUUUGUGCAACGGGCAGCUGGCAUUCUACCCUCGAUGGGCUCCCUAAACGUCUCCGUAGCAACAGGAAUAGUUCUGCACCAACUGUGCCAAGGCAGAAGAUAACAAAGGUUGAUAAUCAUGGGGUGGUCGGAGUAGAGGCGAAUUUAGUAAAAUUGUAUUGAGGUGUAUGUGAGCGUACUGUUGUGCGUCAAGUGAUGUUCAAGCCAGAAUUCUCUGUGAGAACAGCCUUUAUCCUGAUGCUUGUUAUAUGUCUUUAAUGCAUCCUUUGUACAUUUUGUAUAUAUGUGCAUAUUUUUAAUAGCUUGUAAAAUAAAGGUAGAGUCAUCCGACUGGCUAUGAUGAGUA